CACACACCUUGUGAAGUGGCCGAGACCGGAACAUAUUUAUAGGCGCGUCAAACUGGCGGCUUGUCAGUCGUGUAUUCUUCGCAAGGCUCGACCACACUUCGCUCGUGUCCAGCACUUCAGUAAUUCCACAGUCUUUCUUCAGCUUCUCAACCCUACGCCCAGCCAUGGCCAACAGAUCAAGAAAUUUCUCUGAAAAAAGCAACAACACCAGCAGAUUAGCUUCCGGUGUAGCUGAUGUGGAGUAUUUUUGGAGCGCUGAACUUAACUCCAGUAAGAAGAGUGUGACCUGGGUCAUCAAGUCUCAGGAACCAGAGGAGGAUGACGAGGACUUUAUCGAGCACACCUUGUUCAUUAAGAUGGCUGUCCUGGGCUCUGAUGCUGUGAAAGGUGAACAGAACAUUAUAACGCUGACCUCAACUGGCGGGGAUGGAGAAGUACAAAAAGGUGUGAUCGCUCACUUGACCCGAGGUGAAAACAGCUCAGCUCUCAUAGAUCUGACCAUAUCUGGCAAAAUCGGCGCGACAUUAACAUUAUCAGAAGGCAGCGGGCCAGUUUGCAUUUCUGGAAACCAACUUUUAGAGUAUCCAAAGGAAGAGGACUAUCUAGACAUGAGCCAGGAUGAAGAAGGCUCUGCAGAAUCUGAAGAAGAAAUGCACGAGGAAGAGGAAGAAGAGGAAGCUGAAACCAAAGGGAAGAAAACGCCAAAGAGAAAAGCUUCCGUGAAAAAUUCUAAAACAAAAAAGGCCAAAGUUGAUGCUGACGACGAUGACGGAGAUGAGGAUGAUGAUGAUGAUGACGAUGACGAUGAAGACGAUGAAGAUUACGAGGAAGAUGUGAAGUCCAAGAGAGGGAAGAAAGGAAAAGUGGAAACGAAGAAAGUUGAAAAGAGCAAACAAGAGAAGGUAAUUAAUGUGCAUUUAUAUUUUUUGUAAGGACAAACCUGAAAUUACCAAGAAGUCUGCCAAAAAACAGAAAAAGUGAAAAGAAUAAUCGAGAACAUUGUCUUUUUGUCAUUUAUUUAUUUCACAUUAGUUCCAAUAAAAUUUGAAUUGAAUAUUGUU